AACGCUCUGACGCAGUGAGACGGCAACUUGAUUCUUCUAGACUCUUUACUGUAACCAGCCAGUGUUCUUCCAUGACGUCCAGGCAACCCUCCAGGAAUAUGGAUGGCCUAACCUAGCCCACGGGGCGCGGCGUCACCAUGGUAAAGAAAAUCUUGGUCUAUAAAGGAGACAUUCUGGUUUAUCUCCAAACAUUAUACAUUUUUAGGUGGAAGAACGGAGCUGGUAGAGAACAUUAUACCAUAAAUGAACAAUGGCGCCGACGAAUGAGAGACAUAUGAACGAGACCUCUAGUAAGGCCCCAGCGAGCCCUGCGGAGCCCAAGGGGAAGCGGCCCCCAGUGCUUGUGGAUGGGGUGACUCUGAACGGCCCCACGCUGGACAUCCGGGAAGCAGAGAGCUUCCUCAGAGACGCCAUGCCCAUCAUCAUGGAGGAGGCCGUCUGGAAGGCUACUGACGUCAAGGAGAAGGUGUGCGAGUGGCGCUCUCCGGAGCAGCUGAAGGACCUAUUAGAUCUGGAGCUGAGGGAAGGAGGCGAGGCACACCCCCAGAUACUGCAGCGCUGUCGGGAUGCCAUCCGAUACAGUGUCAAGACCGGUCAUCCUCACUUCUUCAACCAGCUCUAUGCAGGCAUGGACCCUUAUUCACUAGUGGGCCGAUUCAUCACGGAAGCCAUCAACCCCAGUCUGUACACAUACGAGGUGGCUCCAGUGUUCCUGCUGACAGAGGAGGCGGUACUGAAGAAGAUGAUUGAGAUCAUUGGAUGGCAGGAGGGAGGGGACGGCAUCUUCAGCCCAGGUGGCUCUGUGUCCAACAUGUAUGCUGUGAACGUGGCCAGGUACCACCACUGUCCUGAUGUCAAGGAGCUGGGUCUGUCUGCCUUGCCUAGACUGGUCAUGUUUACAUCUCAGGAGUGUCAUUACUCUGUUGCCAAAGCAGCAGCUUUCCUGGGGAUUGGCACCAACAAUGUUUAUGUGAUCCCGUCAGAUAAGAGAGGGAAGAUGAUUCCAGCUGAGUUUGAGAAACAAGUACAGAGAGCCAAAGAUGAGGGAGCGUUGCCCUUCAUGGUGAACGCCACAGCAGGAACAACAGUACUAGGGGCCUUCGACCCGUUGGAGGAGAUAGCUGACAUCUGUGAACGACACAAUCUAUGGAUGCACGUAGAUGCAUGUUGGGGAGGAGGAGCCCUGAUGUCUAAGAAACACAGAUACCUGCUACAGGGCAUCCACAGAGCCAACUCAGUAGCAUGGAAUCCUCACAAGAUGCUGAUGGCUGGUCUACAGUGCUGUGCAUUCAUGGUUCGGGACAAAACGAAUCUUCUCCAGCGGUGUCACUCGGCCCAGGCCUCCUACCUCUUCCAGCAGGAUAAGUUCUAUGAUGUCAGCUAUGACACAGGAGACAAGUCCAUCCAGUGCAGCCGCAAGCCCGACGCCUUCAAGUUCUGGCUGAUGUGGAAAGCCAUCGGCACCAAGGGUCUGGAGGAGAGAGUGGACAGGGCCCUCGCUAUGGCUAGAUAUCUGGCAGAGGAGAUCAAGAAGAGAGAUGGAUUCCGUCUUGUGAUGGAGCCUGAGUACACCAACGUCUGUUUCUGGUACAUUCCUCCCAGUCUGAGGAACAUGGCUGAUGGAGCUGAGUUCUGGGAAAAGGUCCAUGCGGUGGCGCCAGUGGUUAAGGAGCGCAUGAUGAAGAAGGGUUCUAUGAUGGUAGGCUACCAGCCCCAUGGAGACAAGGCUAACUUCUUCAGACAGAUCAUCAUUAGCCCUCAGGUCAGCAGAGAAGACAUGGACUUCCUGCUGGACCAAAUACACAGCCUGGGGAUGGACUUAUGAU